AUGUCCUCUGAAGCGCUCUCACCCGCUCUUGCCACCGUUGUCCAUAAUCUAGCCGCUCUGAUCGAUGAGGGAAACGUACUGAAAGCGGCGGUGGACGGUGGAUGGCGAUACUAUGGCGAAACCUUCCAAAAAGAGAUUGAAAACCUCAAAAAUAUGCUGGUCAGUGGCGGUAACACAGUUGUUCGGUGCCACGCAACUCAUUUUACUCGAGGCGCAAAGAUUCGGAACCCCACCGAACGCCUGGUCCUAAUUCAGAUACGCGGAACCUCAAAGCUUGACCCUGGUGGGUUGUUACAGCCUGGUUCAUACCAAUACCUCGAAGACUCGCGGACACUCAUUGCCGAAAGUGAGGAAGGCGUUGACGUUGGAAUAGUUGUACUGGAAGCAGACACGAGUUUUAAGAAGAUAUGA